CCGGGCAGAUACCACGAUGCCUGUCCAGCAACAUGUGCUGAACUGGCUCUACAGCGUUCUCACAAGCGAAUAUCACGAUGUAAACCGUGCCUACAACGAUGUCGCGCAGGCUCUCGACCGAUUCCCCUCGCUGUCGCCGCGAACCGAUGUGCACAGUACGUUCGCAUAGAGCUACCAACCCAGCUUGCGCUCUAAACUCCAGCUUUGUCGCAUCCGGAUAUUGACCCUCACCAGCGUUCUCGAACGGCGCCAAUGCCUUGUUGCUUCAUCUCUCGGGCACUCUCCCUGUUAAUUUUCGCGGGACGACGUACCGCUUCCCCGUUUCGAUAUGGGUGCCACAUGCUUAUCCGCGAGAACCACCCAUGAUAUACGUUGUGCCGACGGAGACGAUGAUGAUUCGACCGGGACAGCAUAUUGACCCGCAGGGUCUGGUAUAUCAUCCAUAUUUGGUGGGAUGGGCUGAGUUCUGGGACAAAUCUAACCUACGGGACUUCCUCAACAUCCUAACCGACGUCUUCGCAAAAGAACCUCCAGUCGUAGCUCGGCAGCAACAGGCUCGACCACCUCCACCUCAAGCUAACCCGACACCUCCUCCCGUGCCGCCUUUGCCUCCUGGCAUGGGAUCAACUUCGCGGCCUGCAACACAAGAUCCGCAUCCCUCAGAACAGCCGCGCCCUCCUCCACCACCGCCGAAGGGCCCUCAAACUGCAUCACCUGCGCAGACACAAUCUCAGAAUGGACCGCCUUUACCUCCAAUCCCGGGACGCUCCCCGGCGCAGUCUAACCGCAUGUCACGGUACGACUCAGCUCCUCCUCUGCCACCUCAAGUUGGAAGUCCAAUUGCACAGGAUCCGAGAUUGCCUCGCCCUCAGGAGCAGUAUGCGACUCGUCAUAUGCUGCCUGCUGGACCGUCAAUGGCUGCGCAACCUGGAUACAUGAACGAUACCCAGUCGUUUGCGCCUCCAUCACAACAACAAUGGCAAAUGCCACCACAGCACCAGCAAUAUCAACAGCCUCCGCAACCUCCGGCAUGGACGGCCCAGGCAGCUCCACCACCACAAAGCCCUGCAAAACCACCACCACCUCCUGAUCUACUUGAUGAGCCAUUAGAGUUAAGCUUGCCAAAUACUACCGUAGCGGCUCCUCCUAUCCCGCCCAAUCCCGAAAAGGAUGCGUUGUUGCGACAGUUAGCUCAGACACUGUAUUCGAUCAGGAUGCGCAGCCGGCAGCAGAACGACUCAAGCAUGGCUGGUUUGCAGGCACAGAGAACAGCAAUGUUGUCAGCGAUACCAGCCUUCCAGGCUGAAGGUGGCCAGUUGACACAAUUGUCGAAUGUUUUGACGUCAAACUCUAAUAUUCUACACGAUGCUCUUCGUAAAGCGGAUGCCGUGAUUGAAGGAUCUAAGAGCCAUCCUAUUCCGGAUGUUGACGAGCUCCUUGUAGCCCCUACAGUGGUCGCAAACCAGCUGUAUACACUAGUGGCAGAGGAGAGAGCUAUAGGUGACGCCAUAUUCAUGCUUGGACGGGCUGUCGAGCGCGGCCGCAUUACACCAGCAGUGUUUGCCAAGACGACGAGAACUCUUGCCAGAGAGUGGUAUCUGAAAAAAGCACUUGUGCGAAAGAUUGGGCAAGGAAUGGGCCUGGCCUCAUGA